CGCCACUGCCGCUAGCUCUGACCUUAACCCCAAAUCUAAGCAUUUGACCUCGCUCCUGUCGGCGACCUCCACAUCCUUCGCCGCCGUGCCUCCCUCCCCGACCAAGCAGCGGCCAGCGCCUCCGUUCCCCAGCCACGCGCCCGCGAGAUUCAUCCUCCUCCCCAUUGCUCCCUCUCCCCAGCUUAGCCGCGCCCCAAUCCCCUACUGGCCUGCUCGAUGCCUUGAGAUCACUUUUCCCCACCGGAAACCCUCGCCGCCGCCGCCGCCGCCAUUAAUUUCUACGCGCAAGCUCCAAUUUCAGGAGGCCCAGAAUGAGGACGGCGUCGAUGUGCACCGCAUCUACUGUGCGGGGCACGCACACGUUCAAGAUCGCCGGCUACAGCCUUCACAAGGGCCUCGGCGUCGGCAACUUCAUCCCGUCUGCCACCUUCGACAUCGGCGGCUACCUCUGGCGCGUACUGUACUACCCCGAUGGGGAGAUGGAGAUGGAGAAUGGGGAUCACGCCUCCGUUUUCCUCGACCUUGUUAGCGAGGACACCGAGGCGAGGGCGUUCUUCGAGGUCAGGUUGGUCGACAAGACUAACAAGCUGCCGCCUUCGGUGGUGCUCUCCCAGAAGACGCCGUAUGUGUUCAACAGCAAUGGACGUAGGAGCUCCGUGGGCGACGACUUCUUGCAACCAUCGGCGUACCUGCUGGACGACAGCCUUGUGCUUGAGUGCGAUGUCACAGUUCUGAGGGAAUCCAAGGUGACCCUGACUGCGACCACCUUCGACAUCCAAGUGCCUCCCUCAGACUUGGGGGAGCAUUUCAGGGAAUUGCUAGAGAAGGAGGAGGAAGCAGAUGUCGUUUUUGAGGUUGAAGGGGAGGUUUUUCCCGCGCAUAAGAUUGUGGUUGCAGGGCGCUCGCCGGUCUUCAAAGCGCAGCUCUUUGGACCGAUGAGCGACAGGGCAAAGCAACGCAUAACAGUUGAAGAUAUGCAGCCUGCUGUUUUCAAGGCGUUGCUUCACUUCAUCUACACAGAUUCGUUGCCUUCGAUGGAAAAACUUGAUGGAGAUGAGGGCAAAGAAAUGGUUAAGCACUUGCUUGUGGCUGCGGAUAGGUAUGCGAUGGAAAGGAUGAAGGUUAUGUGUGAGAGCAUCCUUUGCAAAAGUCUUGAUGUUGAGAAUGUCACUGCUACAUUGGCUCUAGCUGACCAGCAUCACUGCAGCAACCUCAGAGACGCUUGCCUUGAGUUUAUCACUUCUACGGAUAGAAUGGAUGAUGUCAUGGCAAGCCAAGGGUAUGCUCACCUCAAAAGAUCCUGCCCUUCUAUUGUCAUAGAUGUCCUCGAAAAGGCAAAAAAGUCCCGCAAAAUUUAGUACGUUCAUCCAUGUUUAGCUUAUGAAUAGUUGAAUAGUUUGUUUAGUUGACGCAUAACCUCGUAAGAUGAAAGUUGGCUUCUCAGUUAUUAGUUUCCGGUGAUCUUUUGGAGAAGGGUAGGCUUUUGUAAAAUGCAUGUGAUGGAGGCUCCUCUUGCUAUAUCUUGUAUAUGAUGACGAUUGACGAUGAAUCUUAUUUAUGAAUUUAUGCCA